AUGUCCUGCUGCGGCGACCGCGAAAAAAACGCUCCUGUAGCCUUGGAGGAACAAUGGGAUUAUAUGAACCUCGAUGACUUCAAGUCGGAGUCUUGUCUAUCGCCAUUCUCCUACUUCUUUCUAUUUGUUCUCCUACUCAUAUCUAUUGCUGUAUAUGCGGUCGACACAUUCACGGCAGUGACCCUUCUCGCCUUUUCUCGAUGGGCAGGACAAAUCGAACCUGCAAUCCCUUUCAGAUAUUCACGCUGGAUUUUCGCUGCUUGUAUUUUUGUAUCUUUUGCGCUUCUGGCUUGGAGAUGGCUCCAUGCUAUCCGGGCGAUUCGUUCCGGCAGUGUCGCUCAAAGCUAUUUGGACUCUUUGGCUGCCCGUGUCCAAAGUAUUCGUAUUGGUCAACACGGUCGAGGAUGGAGGAGAUUUCUUGUCUUUGGUGAGCUCACGAAGAACAGAAAGGGGGCUGAGUAUGUCGCGUUGUUUUCGUACUUUGCCUUUGAGAGUUGGAUGAACACUGUGUUCGCCGAUGGACCCCGUCAGGUCGUCAAUGCAAUCACGCUCUAUUCUGUGAUGCGAAUGGACUUGCUUCCUGGGGGAGAAAAUGCCGUUGAGGAAGACAAGGCGGGGAUCCUACAAUUCUUCGACAACGUCAAGAUUCUCGCCGAAGAGAACAACCUCCGCGCGUUAGUCCUGGCAGGCAUGCUCUUCACGGUCGUCAUUUGGGUAUUAUCGGUCAUCAAGCUGAUUGUCGCCAUCAUCCUUUACCUCCUCUUUCUAUUUCAUCACAUCCCAGCGGAAGACGGCACGUUGAAGGCAUACUGCCGCCGGAAGAUCAAUACCCGACUGAAGCGGAUCGUGAGGACGAAAGUUAACAAGGCCCUGGCAAAAGGUGUCGCCUUACAAGAUCGUACUGCAACAAAUCCGACGCUGGGAAUCGAUCGGAAGCCCACACUCCCGGUGUUUGGAGAUGACGAUAAGACACCUAUUGUCUCGACCCUUUCUCGAACCACUACCCAAACAACCUUGGCUACCCUCCCGGCGUACCCAUCGCGUCCUGGAACUGCUGCUCCUUCAGAGCGUGAGCCUACCCUUCCCACUGUAGCGACAUUCUCAGGCAAACCACCUCUGAACCGUACGGUCACGCAGAACUCUGCCUAUACCGAUGCCAUGUCGAUAUCUGGGGCUUCUGCAGUUUCAGCUUAUAGUCCACUCGACCGGCAAACGUCUCCCGCCCCUCCAGUUCCCCCUCUUCCGGAUACUGCCUCCAUGAUUACAGGGCGCUCCCAAACACCCAUGUCGCGUCCUAAUUUCACCCCCACGCCUUCUAAUGCUCGCGCACCCCCUUUUCGCAUGGGCUCUGCGGCUGGAUCACCGGGUCGAAUGGAACGACAUGAUCCGUAUAACCCUGAGGGCUACGACGGCCCCCAGCCUGGCGAUUCUUUCCGUCCUUGCGCUUCGCCGGUUGAUUCGUACCUACGAAACAUGACGCCUAGCGCCGCCGUACCCACGAGCGAAAACGGUCCUAUGCGCACCUACCCCCCUUCUACUCACACGAACUCUCGUCCAUCGCCGCAGUCUACCUAUCCUGCUCGAUCUUUCACACCGGGAUCUCAAAUGACCCGCAUUUCACCGGCGUACUCGAACGAAGAGCGCUCUAUGAGGACCUUUUCUCCUGUUAAUUCACGGGGUCCCCCGCAAACACAGGGAGGGUAUUCAGCGUACAAUGCUCCGGCAACCAACACCCCCAUCACGUCAUCUGAAUCAGACUAUUUUGAUGCCGUUAGCGAGUAUGGCGGAGGCUCAGCUUCCAGGCAGGCGUAUACUCCCCGCACAUACACCCCUCAACCACAACCCCGUCGCCCAGACUACUACUAG